AAAUGUAUUAUGCCAUUAUAUUAAUAAAAAUUCAAAUUAAAAAUACAUUAAAAACAACGUGAAAAUAGAGAAUCUUUGAUUAUAUAAUGAAAUUUACAUUGAAAUAGGAAUUAAUAAUCUCUAUCCAUUGUAAAAUAUCAUUUGGCACAAAUGACUUUUUUUUCAGCAUUACCUAUCUCCUGCUUAUCUAAAAAGAUGGAAAAUAUCACUUCGUACCUUUAAUAUAGGGUAUAAAUGUUGUAGAAACUGAAUUAGUAUGAUUUAUUUUCAGGUGAAAAAUGAGAUAACUACCAUGAGUGAGUCUGAUGACUUCACUCUGUCAUCUGAAAUAACCUGUGGAGGAUGGGAGCUGUCUGGUCCGGACUGUGAUGACAUCUUGGUGUUACUCAAGCAACUUAGACUGAAGUACAAUGGCUUUACAGGAACGAAAUGAUACCCUGAGAAAGCUUUCUGAAGAACAAAGUGCCAGAAUAUUACAAGAUGAAAUUCUGGAAAAUCAUCUUUCCAAGCAAAAGGAAAUGGAGAUAUCAAAAGAUAAAAUGAGUUUUGAGUUGCAAGAAUUACGGGAUCUACACAAAAGUGCUGAACAACAUGCAGAGACGACACAAAAACGCAUGCAAAAGUAUAAAUACCUUGGACAUUUACAAAUCAAAUAACCAAUGUAGCAGGAUAAUUACAACAGUUAGGAUAACAAUACAUGUAUAAAAGCUGGGGACAUAUACAUCUUGAAGUAUGAAUUUAGGGCUGGGAGUAUAUUUCAGGUGUACAGUCCAUGGAUUCAAUCCAGCCCUGGAAAAGCAAGAAAGAAAGGAAUCAAGAACGACAAAUAGUUUGGAUUUUAUACUGUAAAGUUGUAUAUCGUCCACAAAGCCUAGGUAGAAUUUGAUGCAUUUAUCAAGUCAUAUACUUAACAAAUGUUUAUGAAUCCCAGUAAUUUCCCUUCUAUUUCAUUUCUCUUUAUUUUAAAAAUAUUUUAUUAUCUUUAAGUCGUUGUACAGAGUUGUCAUUCGACAAAGCACUUUAUG